UUGUGAUAUGUAAAGGUCAUCUGCUCAAUAAACUCGUAUUGUUCGGUGCAGUUUGAGAUAAAAAAAAAAAUUAAUUUACUUACUCCAACUAAGAAUAUUAUGCAAUAUUUAAGUAUUUAUCGGAUUUGAGCUCAUCGUCAAUUUAAUUAAAUUCUAUGUGCAAUAAUAAUAAACCAAUAUACAGAAAGGUUUAAUUUUUUACUGAAAGAAAAAAAUUAUAAGAAAAAAAAACCGCCAAGAUAACGCAACAUAAAAUUAUGAAAUUGAAACGGUUUAGAAAAGCAUUAAAUCGAUCAAAGUAAUGAAUGCUAAGGAUUGGUGUAAAAACGUUUCAUCAAAAAACUAUACAAUAUGUGACAAAGAGUAUUUACUUGGUCAUAAUGUAAACGAAGACAAAGUUAUCACAAUUGUGAUUGGUCUAUUAAUUAUGGUUACAUGUAUUUUCGGUAACUUAGUUUUGUGUCUGCUACUUUAUAAAUACCGUCGGCUAAGAACUGUUCCAAAUUGUUUUAUUGCAUCAUUAUCGAUGAGCGAUUUGAUGGUGGGAUUUUUUGCUAUACCUCUUUGGAUUUCAGUAGAAUUAACAACAAUGCAUCAUAUUAGUAACACGUCAACUUGGUUGCAAGUUGUUGAUAUUUUUUGUUGCGUAUCAUCAAUCAUUAAUUUAACAGCCGUCAGUGUUGAAAGAUAUUUUGGAGUGCGUAAACCGUUAAAACACCGCACUUUUAUGAGUGCCAAAGUAACUAAUUGUUUUAUAGCAUCUAUUUGGAUAUAUAGUGGUUUUUUAACGCUAUUUCAGUUGAUACCAGGCUUUCAGAAUUAUUUAAUAUUUAUAUUUAUAAUGGGGUUUAUGCUUCCUUGUAUAGUGUUAUCCGGAUCGUAUUCUGGAAUUUUCUUUGCUGUUCGGUAUAGAAAACGACGCAGGAGGUCGUCCUGCACUGUCAGUGAAAUAUCCAUUACAAAAUCUCUUUUUAUUGUAACAUCUGUUUUUAUAGCAUGUUGGGUUCCAUUCUUUGUUUAUGCAUUAUUGUUCAGGUAUUGUACUUUGGCGUUUGUUGACACGACUCACUUUAUUCGGUUUGAAAAGUUUACAAAGUUGUUGCAUUAUUCUAAUAGUGCUUUAAAUCCAAUUAUCUAUGGAGCAUGCAACUUAAAUUUCAGAAUAUGUUUUAAAGACUUAUUUAAAUGUUUGUUUAAACAACAAGAAGAUGUUAAAAGCAAUACUGACGAAAUGACGCAAGAUUUAAGGAGUUCGUUCUUUCGUCAAUCGACAGCUGAGCGACAGUCGCUUCACCGCGAGCAUUUUGACUGCAACGGAGGUUACUCUAGUAAUAUUCAAAAAGAAAGUCCAUUAGUAAAUAAAACACGAAGAAUUUCUAACGUUCCUUUACUGGAUGAUAUUACAGAGGAAUCAUGCGUUAUUCAGCAAGAAAAACAGAAAAUAGAAAAUACACCACAAAACAAUGAAAAUGAUGUUGAAACUUACAAAACAGAAACAAAUAUCAGAUUACAAGAAUUUUCUAAUCGAUUAAAAAAAUCACAAGAAUCCAAGCUAUAAAAAAUUAUAAAUAUUUUUUAAACUUGAAAAAAAUUUAUUUAAAGCUUUAUUUUCUUCGGUUAAAUGCAUAUAUAUCUAUAAAA